ACAUGAAUGUUGGAGUUGCCCACAGUGAAGUGAAUCCAAAUACCCGUGUAAUGAACAGCCGUGGUAUGUGGCUGACAUAUGCAUUGGGAGUUGGCUUGCUUCACAUUGUCUUACUCAGUAUUCCCGUCUUCAGUGUUCCUGUUGCUUGGACCUUAACAAAUAUUAUACAUAAUCUGGGCAUGUAUAUAUUUUUGCAUGCAGUAAAAGGAACACCUUUUGAAACUCCUGACCAGGGUAAAGCAAGAGUCCUAACUCACUGGGAACAACUUGACUAUGGAGGACAGUUUACAUCUUCACGGAAGUUUUUCACAAUUUCACCAAUUAUUCUAUAUUUUCUGGCAAGUUUCUACACGAAGUAUGAUUCAACUCACUUCAUCUUAAACACAGCUUCUCUCCUGAGUGUGCUAAUUCCCAAAAUGCCACAACUACAUGGUGUUCGGAUCUUUGGAAUUAAUAAGUAUUGAAAUGUUUUGAAGCUGAAUUAAAAGUUUUACAGCUAUUCAGGUUCCUGUAAGGAAGGAGUAGUUAGUACACUGCACUGUUUCUGUGAAAAUGUGAGAUAAGAGGUGUGUUUACAUUGGAGGACUAAUUGCUAGUUCUUUGUAUGCUCUUGAAGUGCAGAUUUUUACUAGAAGAUACCUCUUUAAUACAUCUGGUAUAUUUCUUCUGAAGAGAGGCUUUAUAGGCAGGCUGGGCAGGCCCCAGCUCCUAAUUUAAAUGGGUAUACAGUGGGUAGUAGUAGAUAAAUCCAAGGUGAAAAGAGAUCUGUAAGAAACUAGAAGUAGCUUAGUUUAUACUGAAGGGGCAUUAGUUUAGGAGAAAAAAAUUUCCAAUCAUUCAGUCACAGUCAUUUUAAGCAGACUUAUGUGUAAACCAUAAUCAUCUCUUUCAAGAGUUUACUAUAGAUUGUUUUUAAUA